CAAACGCAGAUGAAGUGAGAAGCUGAAGUUUCCGAGCUGCACCUGAAUGCAGCAGACCCAUCCACCCACCCCUGUCCGCCUCCAGCCGGCUCACCUUGCUCGGUGAGCGGCUGUGGCUGCUGAGGCACAUGCUGGACUCACCCACCGGCGGGAGCAUGGAGGAGUUGGCCCGAGAGAGCAUCAGUCUGCUGGCUUCAGCCUCAGCCAAGUCCCCGCUGGACCCCGGGCCCCGGCUGGGCUCCGCGGGGUCCGUCUUCAUCAUGCUGAAGUCCGCUCUGGGCGCCGGGCUCCUCAACUUCCCCUGGGCCUUCGAGAGGGCCGGGGGUGUCCGCAGCGCGGUCACCGUGGAGCUGAUCUCCCUGGUGUUCCUGAUCAGCGGCCUCAUCGUUCUGGCCUACUCCUCUUCCAUCAGCGGUCAGUCCACCUACCAGGCGGUGGUGAAGAAAGUGUGUGGUCCGGCCAUCGGGCAGCUCUGUGAGAUCUGCUUCAUCUUCAACCUCUUCAUGAUCUCCGUGGCCUUUCUGGUCAUCGUGAACGACCAGCUGGAGAAGUUGCGCGACUCGAUGUAUGAGCUGGCAACAGGUCUACCGACGUCAGACACGCAGCAUCAUUUCUACACGGACCAGCGUUUCCUCCUGCUGCUGCUCUGCUUCUUCGUCAUCCUGCCGUUGUCGGUCUCCAAGGAGAUCAGCAUUCAGAAAUACUCCAGCGUUCUGGGGACUCUGGCUGCGACCUACCUGACCGUAGCCGUCAUCAUCAAGUACCACAGCCGGCCGGCUGCUGCGGUUCACAACACACCCCCGCUCCACUCCAGCAGCUCAUGGGCCUCGAUGUUCAGCGUCGUUCCGACCAUCUGCUUUGGUUUCCAGUGCCACGAGGCGUCCAUCGCCAUCUACAGCAGCAUGGAGAACCAGCGUCUCUCUCAUUGGGUCUUUGUUUCUGUGGUGGCGAUGAUCAUCUGUUUCAUCAUCUACUCCCUCACAGGAGUUUACGGGUACCUGACGUUCGGGAAGCACGUGGAGGCCGACAUUUUAAUGUCCUACGGCAGCCAUGACAUCCUGAUGUUUGUCGCCAGGCUGCUUUUUGGGGUCUCUAUUAUCACCAUCUAUCCCAUCAUCGUGCUGCUGGGCAGAUCAGUGAUCCUGGACCCGCUGCUGAAGAGGAGGCAAAAGCACGGCAGUGUGCGGGAGGCGAAGUUUGAAAGCCGUAGCCGCUACGUGCUAACGGCGGUGUGGAUAAUGGUGACGCUCCUCAUCGCUGUGUUUGUACCAGACAUCAGUAAAGUCAUCAGCGUCAUCGGAGGAAUCAGCGCCUGUUUCAUCUUCAUCUUCCCAGGACUGUGUCUGAUGUUCGCGAUGCAGUCGGAGCCGGUUUCCUGCAAAACCAGAGUCGCCCUUACAGUCUGGGGGGUCGUGACCCUGAUCUGCGGCGCCUUCGUCUUCGGGCACAGCACCACCCUCUCCGUCCUGCAGCUCCUCGGAAAGAUCUGACUUCCCUGCAGGAUGCAGGUUUCUACCCUGCUGUCUGAACUUGUUCUUCUCUCCGUCUGUGGUGAGUCGAGGCUUUUGAACCAUGAGGAUGUUUUUGAAGACUUUGAGCGGGAGGCUUUUAUUUUUGCAGCGGAGCUUCCUACUGCUCGCCGUUGAGGUUUAUAGCUGCCGUUUGUGACUACAGGGGAUUCCAGAAAGCAGGUUGUCCUGUUUUACAACAACCGGUCUCAUGUUAGACAGUUAAAGUCCCAUUGGUCUCCAUAGUCGGCCCACUCCCGUGGGGAGAGCCGGGCUGUGGCUGCCAUUUGGUGGUUUAACCCCCCAAUCCGAGCCUUUAACUCAUUCGCUGUCAGUUUCUCACCGUUUUUACUGUUUUUUUAAGA